CUUCGUACUUUUAUUUGCUUUGUCAAUCCAGUUGUUGGUAGUCAGGAUGCCCGAGCCCGCCAAGUCGGCUCCGGCCCCGAAGAAGGGCUCCAAGAAGGCGGUGACCAAGGCGCAGAAGAAGGACGGCAAGAAGCGCAAGCGCAGCCGCAAGGAGAGCUACUCGGUGUACGUGUACAAGGUGCUGAAGCAGGUGCACCCCGACACGGGCAUCUCGUCCAAGGCCAUGGGCAUCAUGAACUCGUUCGUCAACGACAUCUUCGAGCGCAUCGCGGGCGAGGCGUCCCGCCUGGCGCAUUACAACAAGCGCUCGACCAUCACGUCGCGGGAGAUCCAGACGGCCGUGCGCCUGCUGCUGCCCGGGGAGCUGGCCAAGCACGCCGUGUCCGAGGGCACCAAGGCCGUCACCAAGUACACCAGCUCCAAGUGAGCUUGCCAAGUAAGCCCCUUGUGAUCCCAACCCCAAAGGCUCUUUUCAGAGCCACCUACAUUUUCAUCCAAAGAGUUGUAACGUUAAGUAUACUUUUGACAUUCAA